AUGGUCUACGAUUAUGCAGUUAGCUGUAAUAGCACCGCCAAACAAAAAGUUCGGAUGUACUAUAGGUGCAAGGUCCAUAUGUUGUGUUGCUGCUCAACGCUGUUACCACCUCGCACAACGACUACGUUGUAUGCGGCACAUUGCUUGAUUGAUGGCAACUUUGCCGUAUCCCCGGCCUUGGGCGAACGUCUCGACCUAGAACCUGACAGAUCCAACGAUGUGCACUUGUUUCUAACACCCCUGGUUGGUUCGGUUUAUACAUGUGUUGUGGUUCUCGAUGGUGAAUCCGUUGACGGCCGGUUUGUCCUGAAACUGGCUCAAGGAGAAGAGGAAUGCGAAAGCCUUCGUAGGGAGUACAAGACUUACCUUGCGUUGAAAGAAGCACACUUCCGAGGUGUCGUCGAAGUGUACGGAUUAUUCCAAUCCGAUGCACCGGGGAUGCGGAGUUUGGGGCUCGUGAUGGCACAUGGCGGUCGUUCCUUUCUGCAUAGGAGCAAAGAGUGCAAAGCAAAGUUGCGGCAAAAAUUUGUCGUUAAACAAUUUGAGGACAUCCUAGAGGAACUCAAGCGGAAUGGGAUCGUUCAUAGACGUUUACGUUUGGAACACUUUGUGCUGGACAAGUUCAAAGGGCCCGAUGGCAAGGAAAAUUUGUCUGUUUCGUUGGUUGGCUGGAAGUCAGCACAACAGCUUGGGUCUCAGCCUGCCAUCACUUCAACGCCAGAAACAGCAGGGAUGGAUGACGCUGAUGUCUCCUUCCGUCGACCCCCACUUUCUACAGCAGAGGGAACCAACAGAGAAAACAUCAUGACGUCGAAGAGAGAAGCAAGGAGGGUCUGGGCAGAAAAUGAAGGAGAGAUUGAAUACAUCCGCCCUAAAGGAGGCAUUGACAUACAGUCGAUCAACACUGUAUACGAACACAAUCCCCAUGUUCUCCGUCAAGUCGCAGUCCCCGUUCGGCCACCGUCAGCGCUAACGUUUUACGACAGGCAUUUACACCCCAGCUUGUCGUUGAGGCAUGUCCGAUAUAUGCCUUCAAUCGUUGCUGAUUUGUCCAACAUUGCCACAGGACUUGUCACGGAGUUUCUCGACCUUAACCUCUCGCUGCAAAAUGAAGACGAUCUCAACUUCAUGACUCCACAUUCGGACACGGUACGAGAUGCGGCGGAAGUUGGGACGCACUACGUCAUGUAUAUCUCGGACCCCUGCUGCACUCUUUGCUCGACCUUGGCUUUCCAUCCAAAUUGCCCAGACUGGGCUAGCAUCAUAGAGUGGGCCCGGGAUCCUCAAGAUUAUCCUUACAACACCUUUGCCGCUGAUGAAUACUCUCUAAGGCUUUGUCAUGGCGAGGUUAAACCUUACAAGUUGACCUUUUUACCAAUACUUGAGGAGCUGCUAGAUGAGCACGCAGUGGAUGAACUCCGUCAGUUUCUGGCUGCCUUCCCUGACUUGAUUACGGGCCAGAUCUUCGCAGCGACCGACGAAGCCAAAGAAUUGGUUCGGAGGUUGUGGGACCCGAGUUCUCUUGGAGAACGUCUCGGACCACAGGAACAAAGCGUAGUGGGCGUAGCUAUGAUCCUCGACCGGAUCCCUCACAAUACCUGCAGCAUGCUUGGAUACAAUCUGUUUUACAAGACACAACAUUCAUUUUCUUCCAUUGUGGAAAAGGUCAUUGAUGUGAACACCUGCAAGGAUCCGGCCUAUGGCAAGCUCCAAGUGGGUCUGUACCUCGCCGCGGUCCGAGAUGCGCAAAAUCGUCUAAAGCAACUCAAGCAUUCUGCGAAAUCCACGAUCGCAAGUAGCAGUCAAGCUAGAAAGCGUCCCCUGCCAGAUGACGGGACACAAAGACCAAUGAAGAAACGACUACGGUCUGAAGUUCAAGAGGCUGUGAAAGCUGAUGAUAGCGACGAGUUUUUCAUGAAAGAGGUCGGUUGCCGGAACCUUGCCUUGGUCCGCCUCGAAUUCAGUUUUUACAACUCUCCAGUACCUGCUUCGUUCAUGCGCACAGGCGCUUCCCUCCCCCCUGGUGAAAACCCAACCCUUUUCACCUCCCCGAAGCGAAAGGCUGGAUAUACAGCGACUGAAUACAUGUCCAUUAUUCCUGGGGACCAGAUUGGGAAAGGUAUUGUUGGUGUUGUUCACCGCGGUACACUCUCGGUCAAAACGGGCACUCGGACUAUUACCCGUCAAGUGGCAGCCAAAUUUGCUUUCGACAAGGAACAGCAAGGAGAGCUUCGAGAUGAAUUUAGAAUCUACUCUCGUCUGGUACGAAUGGACGUAAAGGGGAUUCUUCCUGUUUACGGUUUAUUUCAAGACAUGGAGGAUGGUCCCCUGAUGCUCCUCCUGGGGCACGGUGGCAAAUCAUUGCUCGCCCAAGAGCACGAAGGACCGGGGAGAGAAAAUUUUACCGAGGUCCUAGAAAAUAUCCACAUGGCUGGUGUUGCGCAUGGCGAUAUCCGUCCGCAAAAUAUGCUGGUGAAUGGAACAGACGUUUUCUUCAUUGAUUUUCACAAGAGCGACACACGUUUCCCUCAAUCCCGUGCCCGCGAGAAACAAAUUUUACAAAAUCUAGUUCGAGGUAGAGAAUGGCAACAUUGGGACGGCGUGUAG